AUGACUCAUAUAUUUCGGGAUUCUUCUUAUUAUAAAGAUGAUAAACGAAUUGCUUAUUGCAAUCAAAUAUCUCCGGAGUAUCAAUUCGAAAAACCUGCAAUCGAUCGAUUAUUAGAUUAUAUUUCGAAUCAACAAUCUCAAAAACCAGCCAUCGAUAUAUUGAUUCAAGAAUAUUUAGAAUGGGUUGGUGGUCCACUAACGUAUCAAUCACCGUAUAUAGCACCAUUAAUGGAAAUAAACAUUGAAAGUGGAAUUGAUAAUAAAAAUACUUGUACACAACAAACUCAAACACCAACUACAGGAAUACAAUAUUAUCAAUCAGCAGCAUCAUUCUAUCCAACUCCAUUAACGUCAAGUAAUGAUAUAAUGUACGAUUCAAAUUAUGAUUAUCGAAAUACGGCAUCAACACCUUCACUUCCACCAUUGUCAGCUCGAUCGUAUCGUUCGUCGUCAAUAGCCAAUGAUGGAGUAGGCGGCAGCACACCCUCAACUCGUAUGUCAAUUUCAUCAAAUCAAGACAUUUCUAUGGUUGAUCGAUUUACCAAAACGAAUAAUAGCCAAGAGAAUCGUUUAAAACGUGCUGCUGCUGAAGAACGUCGUCAAGCCACACGACAUUUUGGAAAAGUUCAACCAGGUUUAAUUUGGACAGCACCAUUACCAGUUCGACCGAGGAUAUUUUCUAUACGACCACCAGCAUUGUCUUGUAAGAUAUUUCUUGGUGGUAUUCCACAUGAUCUUAAUCCAAGAGACUUACAAGAACGUUUAGAAAAUUUUGGUUCAGUUCGACUUGAAUGGCCCAAUAAAGAUAAUACCACAAUGCAUAAAAAUUCAUCAAAUCAUAUUACAGUUGGUUUUGUUUAUGCUGUAUAUGAAAAUGAAGAAUCCGUUCAUAAGAUCUUACAUACGUGUUCAACAAAAACUGAUCGAACAUUAGAUGAUGGCCGAUGUGAAUAUUAUCUUGAUGUAUUCAGUCAACGUGCAAAUUCAAGACGAAAGAGUAUACAAAUUAUACCUUGGUUUGUGGAAGAUUCUCAAUGGGCCGCUGAAGGUGAUUACACAUCAACUGGUUAUAGUAGUUGGGAACAACGAGUUAAUUCAACUGAAUGCAUCAAUAGAACAGUAUUUGUUGGCGCUCUGCAUGGAAUGAUGACAGCAUUUGCAUUGGCUCGUAUUUGUCACGAAUUAUUUGGUGAUGUGGAAUAUGCAGCUAUUGACACUGAUAGAAAUAAAUAUCCGAUUGGUUCAGGACGUGUCAUCUUUGUCAAUGCACAUAGUUACUAUGCAGCUGUUACAGCCAAUUAUUUGAUGAUUGAAUGCGACAAAUUUUGUAAAGUGAUUCAAAUUGAUCCGUAUGUAUCGGAUAAUGUUCCAUGUACGGGUAGUAGUGGGCAAUGGUGUCCAAAUAUGGGACAGUAUUUUUGUCGUUCGCUUAAAUGUAUGAAAUAUUAUUGUGCAACAUGUUGGGAUUUGAAUUCAAAUCAUUUAACAAUACAAACAAGUGAAUAUGAACCACCGGCGAUGGUUCAUAAACCAUUGAUGCGCAACGCUCGCACAGCCUGA